UUCGGCCAGCUCCCAAGGGGGCUGAGAGGCCUACUGGGGUCUGGAGGGCCUCCUUGUGGUCCCCUAUCACACCACAUGCCCUGAGGGGCUGGGACCUGGGCACCUGUCACCCUUGGCACUGACUGUCCAAGGUUCCCCUCCUCCCUCUUCUGGCCACUGCCGCCUUCUGUCCCCUCCCCUCCCUUCUUCCUUCUCCCCAGUCCCACCUCCAGCAGCCUCUCCCAUUGCUCCUCCUCACCUCUGUCCUCCUGGACUGUCCUAGCUCCUACCUUUCCUCCUGCUCACCUUUUUCCCCUUUUAGGACUAAGGACAGGCGGGGGUAGGUACAGCUGGGGCUUCGGGCACCACAGGCAGAGACUCUAGGCCGUCUCCCACGCUACCAGCCCUCUGGUAACCCCUCCCUCCAAGCUGGGGGGAGGGGGAUAGCACCCUGAGGGUUAAGGCUGUAGGGGGGAGGGGCUGGACCAGGUCGUGGGCGGCCCCUUUGAAGGAGGGAGCUGGAGCGGGGAACAGCCACCCUACCUACCCCCCAGCCUGGCCCUCCUUCACCCCUCCCCAGCUGCUCCCCCCGGGGGCCAAGAGGAGUCGGUUGCCGGCAAGGCCCCUCGGCGUUCAGGAGAAGAUGGGGAGCCCUGAGGACGACCUGAUUGGGAUUCCGUUCCCGGAUCACAGCAGCGAGCUCCUGAGCUGCCUCAAUGAGCAGCGCCAGCUGGGCCACCUAUGUGACCUCACCAUCCGGACGCAGGGCCUUGAAUACCGCACCCACCGGGCCGUGCUUGCUGCUUGCAGCCACUAUUUCAAGAAGCUCUUCACUGAGGGCGGUGGCGGAGCGGUCAUGGGGGCUGGGGGCGGGACAGCCAUUGGGGGAGCAGGGGCUGGCGUGUGUGAGCUGGACUUUGUGGGGCCAGAGGCUCUGGGUGCCCUGCUUGAGUUUGCCUAUACAGCUACACUGACCACCAGCAGCGCCAACAUGCCGGCAGUGCUCCAGGCUGCCCAGCUGCUGGAGAUCCCCUGUGUCAUCGCUGCCUGCAUGGAGAUCUUGCAGGGCAGUGGGCUAGAAGCUCCUAGCCCUGAUGAGGAUGACUGUGAGCGAGCCCGCCAGUACCUGGAGGCCUUUGCCACUGCCACAGCCUCGGGAGUUUCCAAUGGUGAAGACAGCCCUCCACAGGUGCCCCUCCCACCACCACCACCGCCGCCGCCGCCACCACCACCACCUCGGCCUGUCGCCCGCCGCAGCCGCAAGCCCCGAAAAGCUUUCCUGCAGACCAAGGUGGCCCGGGCAAACCACCUAGUACCUGAAGUGUCUGCAGUACCCACCCAUCCUUUAGCCUACGAGGACGAGGAGGUGGCAGGCAGAGUGGGCAGCAGUGGGCUGGGAGACAGCUACAGCCCUCCCACAGGGAAUGCCUCACCCCCUGAUGAGGGGUCCCUGAGCUAUGAGCCCUAUGAAGGUGAGGAAGAGGAGGAGGAGUUGGUAUACCCCCCAGCCUAUAGGCUGCCGCAGGUCAGCGGGCCCCCGCUGUCCCCAGAGGAGCUGGGCUCAGAUGAGGAUGCCAUCGAUCCUGACCUGAUGGCCUACCUAAGUUCCCUGCACCAGGACGCCCUGGCACCAGGCCUGGAUGGCCAAGACAAACUGGUGCGCAAGCGCCGCUCCCAGAUGCCCCAGGAGUGCCCCGUCUGCCACAAGAUCAUCCACGGGGCAGGCAAACUGCCACGCCACAUGAGGACCCACACGGGCGAGAAGCCCUUCGCCUGUGAGGUCUGCGGUGUCCGCUUUACCCGGAAUGACAAGCUGAAGAUACACAUGCGGAAGCACACUGGAGAGCGCCCCUACUCGUGCCCGCACUGCCCAGCCCGCUUCCUGCACAGCUACGACCUCAAGAACCACAUGCACCUGCACACAGGGGACCGGCCCUAUGAGUGCCACCUGUGCCACAAGGCUUUCGCCAAGGAGGACCACCUGCAGCGCCACCUCAAGGGCCAGAACUGCCUGGAGGUGCGCACCAGGCGCCGCCGUAAGGACGAUGCGCCACCCCACUACCCACCGCCCUCGGCCACUACCCCUUCCCCCGCUGGCCUCGACCUCUCCAAUGGCCACUUGGACACUUUACGCCUCUCUCUGGCUCGAAUCUGGGAGCAGUCGGCUCCCACCGGGCAACCGGCCUCCACCCCAGGGCCCCCUGAUGACGAUGAGGAGGAGGGGGCACCUACAACGCCUCCGGCGGAAGGUGCCAUGGAGUCCUCUUAAAGAGGGAUGAAUGGCCAGGCUGGAGCAGCACCGGCCGGCGCCCAUGCCAAGCAGCGGGAGCCUGCAGGAUGGACAGAGCUGGGGUCAGAGCCCUGAGCCUCCCUGGCAUCAGAAAUCAGCCCCUUCUCCCCAGAACCCUCAUUCCAGUUCCAAGCUGAGAAGGUUUUGGGGCAAAGGCUCCCCAGAUUGGGGUGAUCUCCCAAGGAGUGAUCCAUAUGAUAUUAUGUACAUAUUUAGAGCUCUAUUGUAAAGGUGGGGUCCUUGUCCCCAGCUGUGCCUGGGGAGUAGAAGCAAUAAUGUAUUUCUGAUUUGUUGGGUCCCUUUUCGGCUAUGCGGGUUUCUAGGGGGUGGGGGGCUUGGGACCAAAGCCUUGCCCUGCCCCCAUGCCCCUUGGGGCUUUGGCUGUGUAAGGGGGAGAAGGACUGCCCCUCCCUUCUGAGACCCCUCCUUCCUGGUUUCUGUUCCCUUUUCCUGGCAGCGAAUUAUGCAAAGAGGGGCGGCAAAAGAAGGGUAGGUGGGGGGAAGCAAGGUAGAAUCUUGAAUGGCUGGGGGACUGGACCUGUAAGGAAAGAGCCAUCCCCGUCCCCCUCCGCCCUGCUCCCAGCGCUGAGUCAUGGGGUCCUGGAGAAGAAGGGGGCGGGGUGGCUAGAUUGGCUCGCCUUCCCCUGGGGGCAGCGGGAGGGGCCCCGCCCAGCUAGGGGUGCUGCUUUGCUGUUCUCCUCAGCCCUCUCCUCCCCUCCCCUCCCGCGUCCCCGGGCAGGGAAUGUCUUGUUCCCGCCACUCCCUCCCCGGGGCCAGAGGGCAGGGCGGGCCGGGCUGCGUCCUACCCUCUCCUCCUCCCCACCUCCUCCCCGCCCAGGUGCAAGCCACUGCCGCCCCUGACUCACACCGCCCCCGGGCUGGCGCGGUGCGGGGUGUGGGACCGGGUGAGGGGUUGGGAGAGCCUCGCGGAGCGCAGGCGAGCCGGCGCCAUCUGGCGGCCCCCGUGGCCGCUUCUCUGCCUUCCUCACCUCAACCAUCCACCGGCGAGCCGGCCCCCUUACUAAGGCAAGGCAGAUGACUUCUUGCUGGGCCACUGGGAAAGUGUGCUGUGGAGCUGUGGGAAGGGAGGCCUUUUCCCAGCACCUUGCCAGCCAGGCUCCCUUCGGGUCAGGGAGAAUAAUCCCCUCGCUCUUCUAAAAUCCAAUCUGCCCCCUCCUGUACAUAGCCUCUUCUGUCGGUCUUGUUGAAAUCUAGUUUUAGAAUUACCCAAUUCUGCUGGGGGUAGGGGUAUCUCCCCCUCCCCUUCCUCGCUGGGUGCUGGACCCUCAUUGCAGCCUAGGCUCUGCCUUGCACUAUUUUUCCUCCCUGGCCUGGCGGCCCCUCCCCCUCCUUAAAAGGGGCAGAUUCAGGGGCCCGGUGCUCUCCCUCCUUCCAUGUACCCCAUGCCCAUUUGCACAGCUGCCCAGGUACCCCCAACUGGGAGGGGGUCACAGGAAGGGGGGUAAUGGGACCAGUCCCUGUAUCUAUUUAAAAAGUGAUAAUGUAAUAUAUUCGGGUAGGGGGAGGUCAGGUUGUCCUGGGCCUCAUCUUCGCAUUUCAGGUGAUAGGGGAGCCCAGGGUUGGGGAGGCUUGGGGCCUGUCCCCAUGGAGUGAGGGCAAUGUGGCCUCCCCCCUCCCCCCUUGCGGCUUCUCCACUCAGUGCCUUAUGGGGGGAGGCAACCCCCCCUCUUCCUUUCCCCUACCCCCCACCUCUGGUGUAAGCGACAGGAAGAAAUAAUAAUAAUUUAAGAUUCA